GUUUUCAUAUCGCUGCACGUCUGUUUUCAAAAUAGUGGGAAAAGAAGAUCUCCCCUCAGCUGAGGAAAAUGGCCGACGUAGAAAUGGACAUCGCGUCCAGCAGAAUGAAUAAUGGCAACGAGCACGUCACCAACAUUGAGGACUGUUCACCGUCAAACCGGAAGCCGGAUCUGGAAAGCCAGGAAAAAAGUGGAAAUGAGGACAGUGGAGAGAUGUCUGAGGAAGAAGAAGGAGAAGAAGAAGAAGAAGAGGGGGAAGAGGGAGAAGCAGAAACUAACGGUGAGAAGACGGUGGAGGGGCCCAAACAUCACAGCAGCAGCAGCGGUAAACACAAGAAGAAAAAACACAAGCAUCGUAGCAAGCACAAAAAGCACAAACACACCUUUGACGAGGACAAGGACCGCAAACGCAGACAUCGUCAUAAACACAGGAAACACAAGCGCAAAGAGGGCGCCUCUCCCUCUGCUGCUGUUCUCUUAUCUGCCUCCUCCAGCCAUAAAAUAGUGGAAUCCUCUCCCUCCUCUGGAAAUCCGAGUCUAGACGACAGAGCCUUGCUGGAGGAUUUGGAGAAACAGAGAGCGAUGAUCAAAGCUGAGCUUGACAGCCAGUUGAUGGAGGGCAAGGUUCAGUCCGGCAUGGGCUUGAUCCUUCAGGGGUAUAACUCUGGAUCAGAGGAGGACGGAGAAGCCAGGGUGAGAAAUGGAGAGCAGCGUCAAAGGGGCAGUACAGGCAAACCCAUAUCUCCCAGAGGAGGAAAAGGUGGGAAAUCGAGACGGGACUCAAUCGAGGGCAGUAAGUCCAGCACCAAGCGUCGCAGCAGGUCAGCGGACAGGCCUGCUAAGGAGUCCAAGCAGGACAAGGUGACCAAAAGCACCAAGGACACAGGGGGAAAGGACAGAGGCCGUGGCAGAAGCAGGUCUAAAGACAGAAAGCGUUCGGACAGCACCGAUAGGUCCAAGGAGAGAAAGAAGUCCAGCUCUCCCUCGACGUGGAGAGGAGAGGAGAAAGGCGGCCGCACUGAUAAACGUUCCUCUCCUCAGCGGGAAGACAGAUUGAACCCGGAAAGACCAACCCGACGGUCCAGGUCACCAGGACGAGAGCGGCCGGGUCGCCCCGAUGCCGACCGGGACAAGCGGCCGGCCAAGUCUCCAUCCAAGGACGCUUCAUCGGGGAAAGAGAACCGCUCACCUUACAGACGAGGACCUCAGAGCCCCGCGAGGAAACGCAGUCCGUCCCCUCGCCAGAGAGACGCCCGCCAGCCCUCGGCGAGUGCCGUGGACAGGACGUCCAAACAGAGCAGCUCUCCAUCCAGAGUAAGGUCCCCACCCAGGAGAGGCCGCAGUCGUUCACCAGAUCUGAGGAGGAGGGACAUCGACAGGCAGGAGUCACCGUUAAGGAAACGCGUGCGGCCAGAUGUCGGGCCGGGUCGGGACCGGUCACGAGAGACGAGCCCUCGAGCUCCGGCUCGCCGCAGGAUGAGUCGCUCGCCUCUGAGACGAAGAUCCCUGUCCCCACGAAGACGAGACCGCUCUUCCCCUCGCCGACGGAGCAGGUCUCCGCUGGCUUACAGGGCUGGAGACAGAGACCGGUAUGGUCGGCCCAGACAGUACCGGCGCUCGAUGUCACGUGAUCGGGAUCGAAGGAGGCGGCGCAGCAGAGAUGAAGACAAGUUCAAGGGGAGUCUGUCCGAGGGGAUGAAGAUCGACAAGGAGUCCUCCGGGGAAGAAGUCCUGGAAGACUUUGACGGGGAAGAAGUCGAUGAAGAAGCUCUGAUCGAACAGCGUCGCCAGCAGCGUCUGGCCAUCGUCCAGAAAUACAAAUUGGGGAACGAUGACAGCAACAUGGUGUCGGAGCCCAGCAGCCCCCAGAGCAGCACACGCAGCCGCUCGCCCUCGCCCGACGACAUCCUGGAGCGGGUCGCUGCCGACGUGAAGGAGUAUGAACUCGAGAAUCUCGACACCUUCGAGGACAACAUCAAAGCCAAGCACAACCUCAUCGCCCAGGAGAAAGACGGAGCCAAUCCAAAGAAGCCUUCCGCCCCCGACAUGUUCACAGAGUCAGACGACAUGUUUGCUGCGGACUUUGAUAAUGCCAGGAUGAGAGCAGCCGGCGUAGGGAAGGACUUCAAGGAGAACCCCAACCUCAGGGACAACUGGACAGAUGCUGAGGGUUACUACCGGGUGAACAUCGGGGAGACGCUGGACAAGCGCUAUGACGUGUACGGUUACACGGGCCAGGGCGUGUUCAGCAACGUGAUCAGAGCCAGGGACACGGCAAGGGCCGGCCAGGAGGUGGCAGUCAAGAUCAUACGAAACAACGAGCUCAUGCAGAAGACGGGUUUGAAGGAGUUAGAAUUCCUCAAGAGGCUGAACGACGCAGAUCCUGACGACAAGUUCCACUGCCUCCGUCUCUUCAGACACUUCUACCACAAGCAGCAUCUGUGUCUGGUGUUCGAGCCUCUCAGUAUGAAUUUACGAGAGGUGCUGAAGAAAUAUGGCAAAGAUGUGGGGCUCCAUAUCAAGGCCGUGCGCUCCUAUAGCCAGCAGCUCUUCUUGGCGCUCAAGCUGCUCAAACGAUGCAACCUCCUCCACGCUGACAUCAAGCCGGACAACAUCCUGGUGAAUGAGUCAAAGACCAUCCUGAAGCUCUGUGACUUCGGCUCUGCUUCCCACGUCGCAGACAACGACAUCACACCGUACCUGGUCAGCAGGUUCUACCGAGCGCCAGAAAUCAUCAUCGGGAAGCCGUACGACUACGGCAUCGACAUGUGGUCGGUCGGCUGCACCCUGACCGAGCUGUACAGCGGCAAAAUCCUGUUUCCUGGAUCUUCCAACAAUCACAUGAUCAAACUGGCGAUGGACCUGAAGGGCAAGAUGCCCAACAAGAUGAUCCGUAAAGGUGUCUUCAAAGACCAGCACUUCGACCAGAACUUGAACUUCCUCUACAUUGAAGUCGACAAAGUAACAGAAAGGGAAAAGGUGACGGUGAUGAGCACCAUCAACCCCACCAAAGACCUGCUGGCGGACAUGAUCGGAGGCCAGCGUCUGCCUGAGGACCAGAGGAAGAAGGUGAUGCAGCUGAAGGACCUGCUGGACUCCACCCUGAUGCUGGACCCGGCCAAACGCAUCAGCAUCAACCAGGCUCUGCAGCACCCCUUCAUCCAGGAGAAGAUCUAACGCCCUGAACGCCACACACAGACUCCCAGAGCCGGCGGAGAGAAACAACCACUAAACCAGCUCUGACAGGGACUCUGCCGCCGGCCCACAGACGUCUGCUCAGAACCUCCCGGAUGUUAUUGUUCUUCCUCGUGGAUCCACAAUUCUGUUUUAUUGUAAAUAAAAAAAAUCAUUGAAAUGGUUAGCCCACAAAAACAUUGAUUUUUCUUCCCUUCACAAAUGCAGUCACGGAGUUUUUUUUAUUUAACUGGCAUCGGAGUGAAAACUGUUCAAAAAGAAGAAUUAUAAUUCCUGUAAAUACCGCUGUGUCUAUUGCAUUAACAAUCUGAAGCAGAAGACGGCUGAGUUUUGUCAUAGUUGCAGACAUCUAAGUACAUCGUUCUUUUUUUAACCACAUUGCUCAUUGUGGGGCGAUGCAUGCUUUUGAAUGUGCACCCUUUGUGCUCUAGAUUCCUGUGGUGCAGGCCUGUGUAAAUGCUCUGUCUGUGCAUCAGUGUCCCACAUGUGACGGCCACUCCCCCCUCGACUCCCUCUUCCCCCCCAAGUAUCCAGACCUUGAGGUCUGCGCUGAAGGAAUAGAUACCUACUAUGUACUCCUUACGACUUUUUUCUUUUGUAUCAUUUCAAUGCAGAUAGUCAUUGUUUUCUGUUGCUGGAUGUUUCUGUGUUUUUUCUGUUAUUUGACCCUCCUCCCCCUCCAGCUCUCUGGCUCGGCCCCGGCUCUUAAGGCUCUCACAUUCAAGUGCCUCCUGUUUGAGCCUCGUGUGUUCACACACCGAAACAUUGCUGGCCUGUUGAAGCCACACCUCCUCUCCACUGCUGUAAAUAGCCCAUAUAGUUACUGUCAAUUUUCAUGUAUGAUUAAUUUGUCUUUUUUUCCCCCCAUUUAAGUGGUUAAAAAACAAUUGUGAUUUCAAUAAAGAAUAGUUGUGGAAACGCUGCUGAAAGAGCACCUUCAAUAUAAGAUGUUUUUUAGUAAUAAAAUGUUUCCUAUUGUAA